UGCGUGGUGGGGAGGCGGGAGGGCGGAGAGGCCGCUCCGGGUCGUGAGGGGAGAGAGGAGGGACCGGCCCCGCCGAGCCCCCGGGGCCCUCAGGGACCGGCUCCGGCUCCGCUGACCACCCGAGUGCCUUCAGGGACUGGCCCGGCCCGGAGAGCCCUCGGUGCCCUCAGGUAUCGGCCCGGCCCGGGGAGUCCUCGGUGCCCUCAGGGACCGGCCGCGCUGAGUCCCCGCUACCCUCAGGGAGCGGCUCUGGCUCCCCUGAGCCACCGAGUGCCCUCAGGGAGCGGCCUUGUUCUCAUUGACCAGCUCCGUCUUCGCUGAGCCCUCGGUGCCCGCCAUGGGGCUGCUGUCCCAGCUGGCCCGCGGGCUGGUGCGCGGCGCUGACCGCCUGUCUCCGUUCACCAGCAAGCGCGGCCCGCGGAGCUUCAACAAGGGCCGCGGCGCCAAGAAGCUGGGCGUGCUCACCAGCAACAAGAAGUUCCUCCUUGUCAAGGAGAUGGUGCCCGAGUUCGUAGUGCCCGACCUGACGGGCUUCAAGCUGCGGCCCUAUGUGUCGUACCGCGCCCCCGAGGGCUCCGAGACGCCCGCCACGGCCAAGCAGCUCUUCGACGAGCUGGUGGCUCCGCGCAUCGAGAAGGACGUGAAGGACGGCACGUUCGACCCAGACAACCUGGAGAAGUACGGCUUCGAGCCCACACAGGAGGGGAAGCUCUUCCAGCUCUUCCCCAAGAACUACGCGCGGUAGGGAACGAGCAGCGCCCUCGGCGGGGGCGAGGCACGACCGGCACUCGCGGGACUGGCUCUGGCACCGGACAUUAAAGCAGAUCCUUCCACCUUGUCCCUCUGCAAUGUGUGAUUUAAAUCCUGGGGGAAACUGGCCGUUCAUUCCACACAGUUGUGCCUGGAGAGCACAGCCCUCCCUGGAGGUUCUUGGGGUGAGGGG